GGGCACUCCUCACAGGACUUACACGCUCUCCUGGCUGCCGCGAUUUGGAUCACGUGACCCGUCAAUGGCGGCAUCUCAACUUGCUGGAUCCUCCUGCGAAAUGAUUUCGCCAGCACAAUUGCAGAGUCAAUCACAGCCACAAUGCAGCCAUCAAGAGUAUUAUUGAAGCGCUCCGUAUGGAAGGGCCCAAAUCUCGUCCCUUUGCCUAUCGUAUGGCCAAAGAAGGCAGGUGAAAAGGUUCCCCCUGUCCGAACACAGGCGCGCUCAGCGACCAUCUUGCCCAACUUUGUUGGGCUCCGAUUUGAGAUUCAUAAUGGCAAAGACUAUCACCAGGUCACCAUUACCGAAGACAUGGUAGGACACAAGCUUGGAGAAUUCUCACCGACGAGAAAACCUCACAUCUGGGACAAGAAAUAAAAGAAUAUACGCACUGCAUGCAUGGGAUGGAGUUGGCUUGAGAAACAAGCCUUGUACAAAUACUGUAAUAAGAAUCACAUUUAAUGAAUGCCCCCAAAAAGACAUGUCAAAGAUACACAAUCGAUUUGCUUUAUUUCCAGUGAGCAUGCUACCUGCGUAUUUGCGAGCCAGUAGUCUUGAUAUACAUCCCAAACGCCAUCCGUGAUUUAACAACAAAGAAACUCAAGUCCAUAAAACGCCAUUAUACCCCGGUACUGUUGACCAUCUAGCGGUAAAACUCGCUUCUCUUGACGUUCACGCCAUACUCGCCAACAGCCAUACCCAGGUCUUCCAUGGUCAAGACAGUUCUGUUCUGGCUGCCACCCUGGCCACCACCACCGUAUCCAGGACGCUGGAUACCCAAUGGUCCGCCUUUGCCCUGGUCCUGCUUGUUCUGCUGAUUAGUCUGCUGGCCAGGGACUGGGAAACCGGCAGCAGCGCCGAGCGAGCCCAUGGGGUUGUUGGUAUUGUUGUUACUUGAUGCGCGAAUACGGCUGUACUGGUAGGCAUCGGCAGCAAUAUCGGCAAUGAAUUUCUGCGUGGCGAGGGCCAAAAGGCGGGCGAGGCGCGGGUCCGUCUGAGGAGGAGGAGGAAGGCCAGCCUUGGUCAUGUAGUAGCUGGUGACGGCGUCGGGGAUCUAGGGUUGCGCAUUAGUAUCUUGACCAGAAAACAAUCGGCACAAGGUACUCACAAUUGGGGCAAAGUCGUCGAUCUUGUGUAGGAACUCGCGCAGCGAAGUAUCCUUGCGCGUGGGCAUCUUAAACUCCAUCUGCGCCAGCGCUUCAGCCGCGCCGGGCUCGGCCUUGAGCAUCAUAUCCGCAUCGGUAGGUGCAGGCGCCUGCUGCUGGCUGUUCUCGGGGACUUCGCUUCCCAUUGUGAAUACGAUGGUGAUGAUAAAUUCGAGGAAGGGGUCGCGACGGGCGAUAUGCGAUGGAUGGUGCCG